AAAGUCCACUGUCGUUAUAAUCGAGCCCUUUUUUGAUUUACCCGUCUCCACGCUAGAUCCAAACAGCUGCAAAAAUGAAGACCUUCACCAUCGCUUCCAUUGUCGCCUUGGCCUCUGUUGCCAGCGCACAGCUCGACAACAUCCCCCAGUGCGCUCUGACCUGCUUCAUUGGCCCUCUUGCCGGCGACGGUUGCAAGGACAUUAGCGACUUUGCAUGCCACUGCAAAAAGGGCGAUCAGCUCCUCUCCCAGGUCCAGCCCUGUGCCCAAGGUGCCUGCUCGGCCGCCGACCAGCAAAAGGCCAUUGCCGCCGUCGAGGCAACCUGCAAAUCCGUCGGUGUUCCCAUCACCAUCCCCGGCGCCAGCGCCGCUCCCUCUGGCGACAAUGCCCCUAAGAGCUCCAUUCCCGCCGCCUCGGCCGCUUCCUCUGCUUCUCCCUCUGCCUCUGCCUCUCCUUCUCCUUCUCCAUCCCCAUCUGCCUCUCCUUCUGGCACCUCCGGCGGCAUCAUGUCCAUCGUCACCCACUCUUCCAUGGACAGCAAGGUCCCAAGCAUGACUCCCACCCCCACCACCACUCCCUCCCGCUCGCCCGCCGCCAGCUCCAGCGCCUCCCAGUUCACUGGCGCCGCUGUCCAGGCCACUCACGCCGCCGGCAUCAUUGGUGCUGCCGCCCUCGCCAUGCUCGCCCUAUAAACACAGUACCCCCCAGUUUUACUCUUCUAUCACCGACACUAGAAAUGUUAAUCGCGGGCUCGACAUAGCCAUGGGGCUAUGCAUAAUGAAACACUGGUCAUGUGGGAAUAAUGACUGCGACGAGGAAAGGAUGGAUUUUGCCGCUCUGUUUGUUUGUUUUGUUGUGUAUACCACUGUCACUGAACAGAGAGAGAGAGAGAGAGAAAGAAAAGUGAAUAAUUAAAUAUACAGAAUUAAUACCC